CAUUACGUCACCUAUAACCGAGCACCGUAUAGCGCAUUAAAUCUCUCCUUGAUACGCGCUGAACGUUCGUUAGAGUUUAGAAACAGUUACAACUAAAGAAAAUUUACAUUUCGUGGUUUAAAAAUGCUUAAAGUGUGUUGGGAAUGUCUUUUUGGAUCAAAUGAAGCACAUGAUGGUAUUAAUGGAAGAACAGUGAAUGGUUAUCCAUUAGGAUCUACUUCACAUAGAGAGAACGAAAUGGCCUUUAGGUUACCAAGACCACUGGAAAAUGGUGAUAUUAUAAAAGUUGAGGGAAUAAUAAAAUCAGAUGACAGACAAAAAUUUUGCAUGGCAUUGACCACUGGAGACAAUUAUAUAGACAAGCAUAAUAUAGCCUGUGAGGUAGAAGCUGAUUUCCUUAAUAAUCAAUUUGUAAUACGAACAGUAGUAAAUGGGCAAAUAUACGAUAAAAUUCUAGACUCUUCAAGAGGAGAUCCUUCACCUACAGAUAUGUUUCCAGACUCAGUACCAGAAUUUAUACUUGAAUUCAAUGUCAAUGCAGAAUAUAACCAAAUAGACCUAAGUGUUGGUAUGAGCUUUUUGUGUUCAGUUGAUCUUAAACAUAACUUGAGAAGUAUAUCGCAUAUAUUGCUAAGUGAUGACAUAUUAAAUGUAAAAGAACUUUGCAUUAAAUUUAAUCAGAAUCAAUAAUAUAACCAAAUGAUUAAUGCCAUUUUUGCAUUUAAAUUAGUAUUUGUAUAAAUUCAACAUGUGAUUUUGUACAACAUAUAUUAUGAGGUGUUUAGCGUGAGUAAUCUACCUGUUUAUAAUUGUUAAAGAUAGAAACAGGCUUAAGUUGUAAUUAAAAAGAGAUCUUUGAAAACUAUAUCAGUUCUAGGAACUAUUUGUAUUUGUAUAUUGUAAAAAAUUUAUACAAUCAUAUAAAAGAAUUAGUAUUUGUUAUACUCACUAUACCCAUUUAUGCAUUUAUAUACAUAAAAGUAUUAUUAAUAAAUUAUCUAAUUUGAUCAGUAUUUUGUAUUAUGUUGAUGUAUUUUCUAUUUAAACUAUUGGUUGGUAGAGUUGUGUAUACUACACAAUACAAAUAUAUUGCAAUGUAUAUUCAAUACAUCUUGAUUUAUGCUACUCUACUUAUUCCCUUUGAAACAAAAAUAACUUUGGAAGCAAAGAUAAACGGGUUAAUCUACGUAAAGUCAUAAUUUUUGGAAAAAAAAACUAUCGCAAAAUAGAAAGUUAUAUGAUCAACUCCACUCAUUUAUUUUGUGCAGAUAAAUUCCAAUUUUCUGAUAUUGUUAAUUUAAGUCUUUGAUUUUUGUAUGGUUGGUUAUGGUCUGUAAACUGAAGCAUUUUAAUCUGACUAAAUUUACAUAUGAAACAUUACCAAACCAAGCAAUGCGCGAAUAUUAGUAAUAUUUAGGUCAUGUAUGAUUUGCAAAUUGAUUUAAAUUUUCGUAGGUGCAAUAAAAUUAAGAAGGCUUCAAUAGUCAAUAAUUAAUUUUUUUAUGAAUAAAGUAUAAUCUAUACUUUAGGGAAUAUUAGCAUAAAUUGUUGCCUAAAAUGAAAGCUACAACAAGGCUUGGGUAAAUAUUAUUUUCAGAUAGUUAUAAAUGGCACAUUAUAAAGCUAUUGAAACCGUUAACUUACACACUCCCACCAAUAUUUAGUAAUUAUUUAUUGUAUGGAUUAAAUGAUUGUAUGAUGUAA